AUGGUGCUAACGUUGGGUUCAGCAUUGGGAAGACCAUCCACCAGCGCUGUUGCUGAAGGUGCUGUCGCGUUCUAUGAUGCCGAGACUGGCUUCACUUUCUCCCAAUUCAGUGCUGCAUACUCGCUGGGCGCGAGCAUCACCUAUCGGAUUGCAGUGCCGACCUCUGCUACAAAUAGCGCUCCCUAUGAUGUCGUGCUCCAGGUGGUUGCUCCCAAGGUUGUAGGCUGGGCGGGGUUGGCUUGGGGAGGCAGUAUGGUCAAGAACCCUCUCACUGUGACUUGGGCGAAUGGCAACACUCCAGUUAUCUCUUCCCGUUGGGCGGCCGGCCACACUAUGCCAACGUCUUACUCUGAUGCUAUUUACACAAUCUUCAAAACAGGAACAAAGUCAAACAGCACGCACUGGCAAUUCACUGCCCGAUGCACCGGAUGCACGGCUUUCCAAGGCGCUAACGGAUACCAAGUUCUCAACCCCAAGUCCAGCAACCGCCUCGCGUUCGCGUACUCCGCAACCAAGCCUUCCAACCCCGGAUCGCCGGAUUCAGGCUUCGUCGUUCAUGACGUGCACAACUACUGGUCACACGACUUUUCGUCAGGCGCGAACGCUGAUUUUACUAAUCUCGUGCAGAAGAAUAUGAAAUAG